AUGGACUUGGAAGAUUUAGAUAUGGAGUUUGACUGGGCACAGGUGGAUAUUCUGAACACCAUCACUCCUUCAUUGCUCAACAAUUCAACCUAUGCUCCACAACAACUCAAUGACUCCGUUGGAACUGUGGUAGCAACACCAAAUCAGGCACAGAAUUUUGAACAAACUUUCUACUCGUUCGAGGAUGCAAACUCAGGAAACCUUCCACAGGUUCCAGUGGAUGAUCCUUAUCAGUUGCCCCAGUUACCCCCAAACUCUCUAGCUCCCUUACCGGAUGAAAUCCAAUCAAACUAUUGUAUACCAUCCAUGGUGGGAUUGAUAUCUGAAGGAGCAGGUUCAUCGGUUCAAGGCCAAAACAUGCCUCCAAUGAAUUACUACAAUCAAUUUCCUCCUACUCAAAGCAACAAUUUACCUCUGAUGCAUGAUCUUGGUCAGCACAACGACCAAAACACAAACAAUUUGUCGGGACAAAAUAUCUUAGCAAAUCGGAAUUUCAAUGGCAUCAAUCAGCAGCCAUCCCCUUAUCCAACUUUUUUUCAGCAAAAUCCUGUAGAGGUAAGAGCAGCAGGGAAUGAGACAACAAAUGGCAAUUUCAUGACUAACCAAAGAUCUUCAGUGUUUGCUGUGAACAAUCAUGCUAUCAACCCUCGUAGUGCGUGGAAUUCCCAUAGGUCCCUGUGGAUGCAAGAUCAAGGAAACCAAUACAAUCCAUUGUUACAGAACACUGGUUUUCUGCAGCAUAACAGCUCCUCUUUGAAUGGACCCACAUCUCUGUCCUCCGGCUUCACUACUCCUUCAGCACUGAACUCUGCUACUAUGGGGUUUUCAGGUACUAGGCCCACUGAAGGAUCAAGUUCACAACUUUUUAACACCCAAGUGUCUCAAAUUUCAAGCCUUUUAAGGCCUGAAAGAGCACCGGCGAUGCAACUGCAGCAAGUAUCCCCUUUUUCUGUUAACACAAUCACUUCACAGCGUGCUGACAAUGGACUUUCUAUGCCUUCAUCUUUUAGGGCGCAAGUUUCACUACCAAGCCUAAACAUGCUGAAUCAAAGUGACAGAUCAUUGGUUCCUUCCUAUGGUUCUUAUAGUAGUCUACAACAAAGUCCAAGUCUGAAUUUACAAUAUCCAAGGCAGGGACAGCGAGAACCUCCACGCCGUGGUCGUCCCCGCAAACAUUUUGAACCAUGCGAGGCAUCUUCACCUUAUAAACGUCGUAAGAGGGGUUCCUCCGUCAGAGAAAAUGUUGGUAGACCAUCUUUAUCCCUAGGAAACCAGACAGCUGCAGCUGGCGUAGUGAAAGAAGAUCAGAACCCAACAAACCCUUCCUCUGCUGCUGAAACUGCAAGGUUUGUAGAAGCAUAUUGUCCAUUUGUGAAUGCUAUGUACGAUCCUGCAUUUGAGAGGGCUGGCGUUCCAAUUGACCCUCUUCUGAGGUUAUUCAACGCAACAACGUCCGUCUUGAGAAUGGUCAAAACAACUUGGGUAUACAAAUUGACAUCGUCCAAUUUAACUGCUAUUGAGAAUUCCCGGCACUUGACACUUGGUUACAGCAAGCCGGUAACUCAUUGGAAUAUUGCUGAAUGA